AUGGCACUCAGGGCAAAGACAGAGGUGUGCAUGGCAGCACCCUGGCUGUCCCUACAAAGGGCACGGACACUGGGCACCAGAGCCACCCGGGUCCCCAGGACAGUGCUGCCCUUUGAAGCCAUGCCCCAGCGUCCAGGCAACAGGUGGCUGAGGCUGCUGCAGAUCUGGAGGGAGCAGGGUUAUGAGCACCUGCACUUGGAGGUGCAUGAGACCUUCCAGGAACUGGGGCCCAUUUUCAGGUAUGACUUGGGAGGAGCAGGCAUGGUGUGUGUGAUGCUGCCAGAGGAUGUGGAGAAGCUGCAGCAGGUGGACAGCCUGAACCCACAUCGGAUGAGCUUGGAACCCUGGGUGGCCUACAGACAACAUCGUGGGCACAAAUGUGGCGUGUUCUUGCUGAAUGGGCCUGAAUGGCGCUUCAAUCGAUUGCGGCUGAACCCAGAUGUGCUGUCGCCCAAGGCCGUGCAGAGGUUCCUCCCGAUGGUGGACACAGUGGCCAGGGACUUCUCCCAGGCCCUGAGGAAGAAGGUGCUGCAGAACGCCCGGGGGAGCCUGACCCUGGACGUCCAGCCCAGCAUCUUCCACUACACCAUAGAAGCCAGCAACUUAGCUCUUUUUGGAGAGCGGCUGGGCCUGGUUGGUCACAGCCCCAGCUCUGCCAGCCUGAACUUCCUCCAUGCCCUGGAGGUCAUGUUCAAAUCCACCGUCCAGCUCAUGUUCAUGCCCAGGAGCCUGUCUCGCUGGACCAGCCCCAAGGUGUGGAAGGAGCACUUUGAGGCCUGGGACUGCAUCUUCCAGUACGGCGACAACUGUAUCCAGAAAAUCUAUCAGGAACUGGCUUUCAGCCGCCCUCAGCAGUACACCAGCAUCGUGGCAGAACUCCUGUUGAAUGCGGAACUGUCGCCAGAUGCCAUCAAGGCCAACUCUAUGGAACUCACUGCAGGGAGCGUGGACACGACUGUGUUUCCUUUGCUGAUGACACUCUUUGAGCUGGCUCGGAACCCCGACGUGCAGCAGGCCCUGCGCCAGGAGAGCCUGGCCGCCGCCGCCAGCAUCAGUGAACAUCCCCAGAAGGCAACCACCGAGCUGCCCUUGCUGCGGGCGGCCCUCAAGGAGACCUUGAGGCUCUACCCUGUGGGUCUGUUUUUGGAGCGAGUGGUGAGCUCAGACUUGGUGCUUCAGAACUACCACAUCCCAGCUGGGACAUUGGUGCGCGUGUUCCUCUACUCUCUGGGUCGCAACCCCGCCUUAUUCCCGAGGCCUGAGCGCUAUAUCCCCCAGCGCUGGCUAGACAUCAGGGGCUCCGGCAGGAACUUCUACCAUGUUCCCUUUGGCUUUGGCAUGCGCCAGUGCCUCGGGCGGCGCCUGGCAGAAGCGGAGAUGCUGCUGCUGCUGCACCAUGUGCUGAAACACCUCCAGGUGGAGACACUAACCCAAGAGGAUAUAAAGAUGGUCUACAGCUUCAUAUUGCGGCCCAGCACGUUCCCCCUCCUCACCUUCAGGGCCAUCAACUAAUCACAUCUCUGCAUCCAGGGUCUCAGCCUGGCCACCAGCCUCCCUCUCUGCCUGACCCCAGGCCACCCCUCUUCUCUCCCACACACACAGCAUCCUGAGCCACCCCUCUGUCUAACCAGCCCCAGUGCAAAUGGAACUCCUGAGGGCCUCCAGGACCAGAGUUUGCCAGGCUAAGCAGCAAGGCUAGGGCCCAGCUGGGGAGGAUCUUUCUGACAGGGCCUGACCUUGUCCCCAGCCCCACCUGGCCCCUUCUCCAGCAAGCAGUGCCCUCUGGACUGCUUGACUCUACCCCUCCCAGUGCUGGCUCCAGGCUCCUCGUGUGGCCAUGCAAGGGCACCGUGAUUCUGUCCCUUGCCCUCCUGCCUACUCUCACAUGUCCCUGUUCCUCUCCCCCGGCCAUGGCCUCUGUGCAGACUGUGUCAGAGUCAUUACACGGGAUCCCAGCAUCUCAGAGUGCAGUCAAGCUCCCUCCUGCAGCCUGCCUCCCCGGCAGCUCGAGCAUGCCCCGACCUCUCUGAAAGUUGUCACCUGGAACAGGGUCCUACAGGGUAGAGUAAAAAGGCCCUGUGGUCACUUGUCCUGACACAUCCUCACUUUCAAGUGACACAACUGAGUCUCGAGGGACGUGUGUUCCCAGCUGAUCGUGUCAACCUCAUGCCCCAGGCCUCGUCUUGCAUGGACCAGGCCUCGUUCCAGCAGCGAGUGUUGGGUCCGCUGCUUCCCAUGCUGUCCCCUGGGGAAGGUCCUGAGGAUGCUGUGAGGAGAUGGAAGGGUCAUGUGGGGUGGGAAUCUUGGAUGUGGUUCCAGAAAUGUUUCUGGCAACAGGAGAGACAGGAUUGGGCCAACAAGGACUCAGAUGCCUUUUGUUCACUCAUUUCUCUGGUUGAUACGGAGCCAUGCCAUGUGCCACGACCUGGGGUGGGCACAGGGAGGCUGCAGUUCCCAACAUGAACCUGCCUUGGGCCUCAUGUGCUCCUAAUCCAGCAGAGAGAGCUGACCCCUCCUGAACUGGCCACUCAGUAGUGCUCCCGUGCAGGGAGAGGAAGCACCCAGGUUGAGUGUGCGCCCAGCCAGACUGUCUUUAUCUCCAAGGAUUUUCAUCAGGGUAAAGAUCACCGCAGCCAGCUCCUGGUGGUUGAUGAGGAUCAGAGCGUUUGUUCCCCCAUGAAAGGGGAAACCCCUAUGGCAUCAUUCCAGUGGUGGUCAGUAGUUCCAGGACGCCCUGCAGGACUCAGUCAGUACAGGGAGAGGAAGUGCUCCAAGCUGGGAGCACACCUAGGUAGAGUUCUUGGUGUUAAUCUAUUCAGGCUGUUCUAAGAAAAUGCCAUAGACUGGGUUGCUGACAAACAUUAGAAUUCUAUUUCUCAUGGUUCUGAAGGCUUAGAAAGCUAAGAUCAAGGCAUCAGCAGGUUCUGUGUCUGGUGAGGACCCACCUCUUGUUUCAUAGGUAAAACCUUCUUGCUGUUUCCUCACAUGGUGGAAAAGGGCAAGACAGCUCCAGGAGACCUCUUUUAUAAGGAUGCCAAUUCCAUUCAAGAGGCCACUGCCUGCAUUCCCUUCCCCUCUCAAUGGCCCUGCCCUGCUAUUACCAUCACCUUGGUGACUAGAUUUCAACCUAUGGAUUCUGGAGGCAGACCCAAAAGUUCAGAUUAAACUGUUCUGCUUCGGGUUCUCUAAAAUCUACAUCCUUCUCAUAUACAAAAUACAUGCAUUUCUCCCCCAUAACCCCAAAUAAUCUUAACUCAUUUUAGCAUCAACUUUAAAGUUGUAGUCCAAAGUGUAACUUAAAUGUUAUCUGAGUCAAAUAUGGAUUAAGAUUCAAGGUACAAUUUAUCCCGAGUCCAACUGUUCUUGCUGUGAACCUAUGAAAUCAAACAUGUUAUGUGCUUCCAAAAUACAAUGGUUGGAGAGGCACAGAAUAAACAUUCCCAUUCCAGAAAGGAGAAACAGGAAAGAAGAAAGGAGUAACAAGUUUCAAGCAACUCCAAAAUUGAAUGUGACCAACAGCAUUAAACCUUAAGCCUCAAGAA